UCUAUGUCAGUUGAACAGCGACGCCGCUGACGACGCAGGUGAAAGCGACGCUCUCCCUCGAUCGAGCUUCAAGAAUAUCAGCGUAAAGAACCGUAAUCGAAGUACGGUAAAAAGAGAAGAAAAAACAAAACUUCCGAGGAAGAUUAAGAAGUUCGAUUUGACAAACCAACGACAACAAGAGUAGGAAUAAUUUUUUAUUUCUAUUCCUCGUCUUUUUUUCGUUAAAUUUGUUGGUUUUUUCCCUACAAAUUUUAGCCAACCGAAAGCUGCUGCUGAUAAAAUUUUACCACGAAAUAGUGAAUCAUUGAUUUUCACCUGAUUCGAUAGCGAAACAGAAAGAGAGAGAGAGAGAGAGACGAUCCUUGUUAGGAGAAAGUAAGCGGAGAGAGACUUGGUGAAAAAGUAUUUUACAACUUUUAUUACUGUACGUAUAAAUAGCGUUAUAAAGUUUCUGCAGGCUGUAUAUUGCAAAUCCACGACUGCAUUUCUUCGCUUCUGCAGUGAUAAUUAAUCCAUUACCGUGGCACAAAUUCAUGUGCUAAGUGUAAAACGAACGAUCGAGUUACCGAGAGUGGAAUAAACGUUGAGACGACUGAAAUCGUGGAAACAAGUGAGCUAAUAGUAUUAAUGACAAAUUUCAGAAGAGUGUCGAGGUGCUUUUUGAGCUUUGCAGUGAUCGGAGAAAAUUCAAGAGUAUAAAUAAUCUUUCGUUUUAAAUUCUUGCGGCGAUUCGCCAGCAGCGGUAGCAGAUUCUGCGAGACGGAUAUCGCAACUUCGUUCAUCGCUAUUUUGAUAGAAAAUAAACAACAAAUAAACAAGAAUACACGACAUAAUCGGCGACUUUAUCCAUCGCAGAAUAGUUGUUCGUUUCGUAUAUCGUUGUGUGUGAUAAUCAAGAAUUAAAAUAAAGUUGGUAUAAACAGCGUGGUAAAAAGUACAAGUAAAACAAAGGGCAGGGAGAGAGGAAGAGAUAUAUCGAAACGAAAAAUUGUGCGUGAAAUAAAACUUUAGACUGCACGCGCGACUUCAAGGCGGUACCAUGUCUUCUUCGGUGAAAUUCUACGCAAGGAUCACGAUUUUAUUACUGUGCGGACUCUGCAUCGGAACGACGCAAGGGCUGAACUGCUUUAUAUGCGGAAUGUACAACGACGGCGUCGGCAGCAUCACUCCCUGUCUAAAUUACACAGCUCAGAUGCAUCUGAACGAGUGUCCGACGGUUUCGUCAUGGUGUAUCAAAUAUGUCAGCGAGGGUUCCAUUGUUCGAGACUGUGUACCGGAAUGCCAACAGAAAGAGUCCUGGAGCACUAAAACAUACUGCUGUCGGGAAGAUGGAUGCAACUCGGCCCCCGGAUCGUCGUCGUCCACUUCCAGCGCCAUCAUGUGCGCCUUGGCAGUGUUCCUCAGCCUCUUCCUUCAGCAGUGGAGCAAUCUUCGUGGCUAAUAACGCUGCUCCGAGGGAUCCGUACAUAAACAACAACCGCGGGCGGUAACAGACCGUGAUUAAUUCCCCAUCUCACCCAGCGUCUCUGCUUCUUCUUCUUCUUCUUCUUCUUAUUCUUCUUAUCCUCCUUCCUAUUCUUAUUCUUCUUAUUCUCAUCCACUCAGAGUUCACGUUCCUUUAUCUCAUUUCAUCGUUCUCUUCUCGCCCACCUUCCACCACUUUAGCUGUCCUGUGUAUUGUGAUCGGAAAACAAACGAACAAAGGAGAAUCGGAUACAAAUAUCAAUAACAAUAAUUAUAUAAAUAAUAAUCAUAAUACGUUAUCCCUUGUUUCUUUAUUUUAUAGCGUUUAACACCGCGAGCCUUUUUAUUUUGCGAAUAUUAAAACUUGUCAACGAAAUUCACGAAAUUUUAUCCGAACCUUGCGGUUUUUCUUUCAUUUUGCUCUCUCAUCAUUCGUUUUCCUCAAAUAAAUAUUCGCUCUUUCUAGUCAUUAUCAUUAUUACUAUUAUUGCUAUUGGUAUUAUUAGAGUACAUAAUAGGUAUAUUUUUUCGUUGCAUUAUAAAUUUGUAAAUAUACGCAACUUUGACUAUUACUAAUAAUGAUAUUAUUAUUAAUAAUAACAUAGCUUGUAAACAUUGAGAAGAUACGUAGUUGUAUAAUCAGUUCUCACGAAGGAUCACAUUCUAAAAUACUAUAUAUAAUAUGAUAACGCGAUAAAGAUAAUUGUAACGAUAACGAUUACAAUACAAUAACAUGCAUACAUAUAUAUAUAGAAAGUAUAGAAGUAUAGAAAGAAGAAGAAUGAAAGAAAGAAAAAAGUAUCUAAUUGAGAGGAAAAAAAAAACACAUUCAUAGGUAUGAAUGAAACGAGAGAAAGUCGGUAAAACGAAAUGAAAAAAAAAAAAAAAAACAAACACGCGUCGUGACAGUAUAAAUAAAAUCAUCGCGCUUAAUGUACUUAUAUAAAUAAUAAACGAACACGAAUGAGCGCAGCGGUCGAUAUAAUAAAAUGCAAAAAGCAUAUUCUGCGGGAAUUCGACGCCAGAUUGAUACGAUAAUUUUGCUGCAAACGAUUUAAACCAAUUGCCCCCGUGCAGCGCCAUUAAUUGCAGCAGCAGCAGCAGAAGCAGAAGCAGCAGUGCCGACUGCUGCACUCCAUUUAUUUAUUGGAUUUUCAAUCAGGCGUCGAUGAGGGCGUGAUUUUUAUACCGCAUGCGCCUGCACUUUUCGGUUGAAUUUUUCACCUUUUGUUAGGCUAUAUUUAUAUACAUAUAUACAUAUGUAUAUAUGUAUAUAUAUACGUGUAUGAAUUGCCUCUCUCUUUUGGUCUCUGGGUGAGUAAUAAUUCACGGGAGUACCUGCAUAAAAUACACACAGAGACCCUCCGCGUGAAUAAUUUCGUGCGAUUUUCGAAUGUGACGGCAUCGACGAAAUGCAGAUUUUAUUAUCUCCACUCAGACGAGACGAUCUAUUUAUUGCAACCUCGUAUAAAUUAACUUCAAUUUCUGCAAAUGACGAGAUAUUUUUAACGGAUUUCACGAUCAGGAUUGGACAAAUAAUGCGAUUUUUCAUCAAACAACGAACUAAAAUCAUCCGAGGUUGUUGUACAAAUAUUCGAAAUAUUGGGAAAUAUUCACUUCAGAAAAUGCACUAUCAUUUUUUAGUAAACAAAUCUGGAUCAAUAGUUUUUUUGUUUUUUUUUAUUUUUCUUCCGAGUAAAUGAUUACCGCAACGCGUGACUAUUGAACAUUACAUCGCAAUUUGUUGAAAAUGAAUUUUACCAAAGAUGGAUUGCGUUUUUUUUUUUUGUUUCCUUCGUGUUUCUUCCGCUUCGCGAAUGUAGCAGAACGAGCGUAAUAAUAUGACGGAAAAAAAAAAAUUCCGCAAUUACGAUUUACAGUACAGAAUCAAUUAUAGUACAUUAUAAAACGUAAAUUACUACGCUAUACAAUGAUAAAUCUACCAGCAACUGAAAUACUAGCGUUAUAAAUUAUUAUUAAAAAAACGUCUAAGCUUUACGUGGAAUAACUACAUACAGAUAAUGUUAAAUGAUACAUAUAAUAUAUAUAUACAUAUAUAGUGUAUGGAUAUGUAUACCUAUUACACUUAUAAAACUAUUCGAAAGAGAAUAAAAGGAGGUGAAAAAUAAUAAUGCUAAUGAUAAACGAACGAAUAAAAAAAAAUUGAAUAAAAAUAACAGUGUUAAAGUAAUGAGGAAGGAAACCGAAAAUUUAAUCGAUUAUAAAAAAAAAUCAUGAUAAAAUAUAGCUUCGACAGCUUGAUAAAAUAUAUAUAAACAUACAUAUAUACAUAUAUAUAUAUAUAUAUUAAUCACCGUUUACUAAAUAAAUAUUACAGAUAUUAUAUAAUAUUAUUAUCGCGUAGUUAGUUAUUAUUUUAGACGAGUAUUAUUCAUUCAAGUAACACGUGUAUAAUUAUUAAAUUAUAAAAAUUACUCUCAAACGAUCGACGAACCGAGUACCUAUAGAAAAAUAAACGAUAUAUAUAUUACAAACAUUCUGCGAACGCAGGUGUUAUAAAAUAGUCCGACGACACGGAGUGUAUAACAUUUUUGUUUUAACGUAAUCAUUGAUUAAAAUCGCGAGAAAAUCAUCGCGAAAUGAUUGUUUGUCUAGAUUGAUCAUAUUUUGUGGGGGGUAAAAAAAAAAAAAAAGGAAAAUAUUAAAAUUGAUUUGAGGGAAUUUUAUCCAGUUAUAAAAAAUGAAAUGAAAAAUAAUAACAAUAAUAAUAAUAAUAACGACAAUGAUAAUCUAACGAGUUAGAAAACAGUACCAAAACAUCUACGUAACUUAUACAAUGCAUUGAAUAUUAUUAUACAUAAAUUAUUAUUAUACGAAUAAAUGGCAUACAUACAUAUUGAAGUUAGGAAUUUAGACGGUAAGGUUUAUUAUUACUAUUACUAAUAUUAUUACCAAGAUAUAUACUAAAAUAUAUAUAAUAAUACGUAUAUAUGAUCCAUUAUACCUUAAAAUAUAAUUAUUACUACACUUUCAUAGAAGAUAAUUUAUACAAAAAUUACACGCGUACGAUUAUCUGCAUACAUGUCGAAAUAGUGGCAAACUUGUACCUAACAUUGUAUUCGUUAUAGUUAUUCGCACGUCAUAUUGAGUCACCUAUUUAACGCGAUAUUGGGUAUUAUUUGCAUAAUUUCCCUGUAAUACGAUCGUAUUUGCAAAAGUAGUGGGAGAAAGAAUAGAAAAACUGUUUCUGCUGGCGGUUCUUUUGUCGGUGAGGAAAAGAACACAAUUAUUCAUUUCGCUCGACGUCGUGUAUGCUUCACCAUCUCAAAUUGUUCAUUCGAUCAUUAUUCUAAAAUCCGUAUAAUUGACUUUUUUGAUUUUGAUUGCAGCAAGCUUCAAUUCCAAUGGUCGAAGUUAAUCUUCCCAAAUUUUAACGCACGUCCUUCCUUGCACGCAGAAAUAUAGUCGUAUAUACAUAGUUUUAUCCUUAACCAAACUUUUCGAAAACCGUUUGGAUAUUCUCAGCACUCAGAAAUUUAACGUAUUAUAUCAAAUAUUAACAUUUAACGUGACGUAUUAUAAGUUAUACGUAAUCAAUCAAUUUCACUUGUAAUCAAUAUAAUUUAAUCAGUUUCUCACUAUCGUUAUUAUUAUUAUUGUUAUUAUUAUUGUUGUUCUUGUUAUUAUUGUUAUUAUCAUCAUCAUCAUCAUUAUUAUUGUUAUUAAUAUUGUUAAUGUAAUCAUUACACCUAUGCCCAGAUUAUGCAUAACUUUAUUAUCGUACGAAAUACUUUCGAGAGAACUUUGUGAGAGAUAUUAUAGAGAAGUUAAUUUUUUUUGCGAACAUGUAGGUCGAAAUAUAUAGUAUAUAAUAUGCAUUGAUCAUUUUUCGAUCAAUGGUUUGGCACGCAAUGUAGUAUUAGAAAAUUGAAAUUCAUUACAAAUUAUUAUGCACAGUUCUAUUCCACGAAUAUCUAUAUAAACAAAAAAAAAAUUGAAAAAAAAACUA